AUGGGCCAGACACGCAGCGAGAAGAUUGUCUUCAAGCUCAAGAGCCCUCGCAAGUACAGCGAAGGUGACUUUGUAUACUCUCGGACCAUGGGACCACCAAGAUCUUUCAAGUGGCGUUUGAAAGUUUAUCCCUCUGGCACUUUGGGUACUGCGAGUCAGAACGGCAAGAACCUUUCGGCCUUUGUGGAGGUGAUAUCCCCAUCAAGCGACAUGCCCAUGUGGGAAUGCAAGUCUGUUCGCUAUUUGAUCUUGGCCAUCAACCGUGAUGAGGAGAACACCAUUUGCAAGAUGGAUGCAUUCACUUUCAACGCGCAGAAAAUCGACCGCGGCUGGCAUUGCAUCGUACCUAUCUCCCUUUUGGCCGAUUCAUUUUACGGAUUCGUGGAUGAAAACGACCAGAUGGAGAUUCGUGCAGAGGUACAUGGCCUGCCUCCUGCUCCAAAUCCCUUGGUCUCUUGGGACCUGACGGCGGAGCUCAAACCGUUGAGUUUUCGCUUGGCAUCGGGGCCUCCGCUGUUCUUUGACCAGCGCUUGUUGACAGCUCGCUGUGAAUACUUUCAGAAGAUGCUGGAUGAAACAGCCACAUGGAAAGAGUCCUCGGUUGGGGAAGUCGACCUCCGGUCAGAUCCCCAUGCAUCGCAAGAGAGCGUUUUAGCAGUUCUGGGGUUCCUAGUGGCAGAUGUGUUUGACCCAAAAGAUGUUUCUUUGGCUUUAUCCGUUCGCGCAAUGGCUGACCGCUUUUGCAUUGUGGACUUAGUCAAGUGCGCCGAUGACGCAUUGGCAUCCUUUCUCUCAGAGGACAAUGUGCUCACCUUGCUGGGGGAGUUGUUAGACACUGGCAGCGAGGUAGAAGCAGCGUGUUGGAAGAUGUUGGAGUCCGAUAGCAAGCUGCUGGUGAAGCAGCAGGCCAUGCUGGAUCAAUUGAUUGAACAGCAGCCAGCCUUGGCGAAGAGGUUGAUCCUCAAAUUUGCGUCAUUAAUAGCUGAGAGAUAA